UUGAACAGUCAUCCGGAGGGCAACUGGCGGAGGAUAUCUGGAAGUAUCAGUGUUGGGUCCAAGUGAGACACUUGACCGAAGGAACGUCUGGACACAAGCCGCACUCCCAGAAUUCUUAGUUUCGUGUGAUCUGCAGACGACAUUUCGGUGUUUCUGGUCAUCGACCACGCCUUUUUUAUUUUCAGCUGUGGACUUUUCUAAACUUGAUGGAGUUAAAGAACUCUAUGGAUGCUUAAUAAACAAUCAGUGUUCAAAGACAGUACAUCAUGGGGCGUGGAGCGAAUUUAAUUGUGGUGUUACUUGUUGCAAGUCUGCAUAUAUUGAAUGCUCAACUGCUAAGCUGUGAUACAGGAUGGAGUUAUCAGGGUGGCGAUAAAUGUUACAAAGUAUUCCAUGGAGAACAUGCAAGAACGUAUCAUAGAGCAAAGGAUUUAUGUAAAAACUAUGGGUCGCGACUGGUGACCAUCAAGGAUCAGUAUGAGAAUGACAUGCUUGGAAAAAUGGCUGACCAGAUGUCUGGCAGACCGGGAGAACAGUACUACAUCGGUCUGUCCCUGGAGCAGGGUAACUGUGAUCAGACAUGCAAGGAUCUCCGCUGGAGCAAUGGAGAGCUUGCUUCUAACCACUUGGGCUUCUGGGCAGACAACCAGCCUAACGAGGAGAUGGGCGACUGUGUGUACAUGGCCAAAAACACGGUGAACUAUGUGUAUGACCGUCCGUAUGUGUUUGGAUAUGGGAACUGCUACAUGAAGAAAGCAUUCAUCUGCGAACGAAUGGCUUCUCCUACAGAUUCCUUCCACUGCUGGCAGGGAGGUUAUGCCAGACUAAAUCAGAAAUGUGAUGGCAAUCAGGACUGUAUUGAUGGGUCAGAUGAAAUGGACUGUCCUUCUCUGAACAGAUUUUACCACAAAGGGAGUAAUGGACAGCUUGCAAACUUUGUCUAUGCCAAUGCCAAAACAUAUACUUGGGCAAUUCAGACCCCUGACGGAACAAACGCCAACGUGGAGCUGAACAAUUUUAAUACCGAGUUCAAUGCUGACAUUGCCACUGUAUACGUUGGCAGUCUGAACCCUACAGGCGCAAAGGUUGUAGCUCGGUUAUCGGGACAACAGGGUACCAAGCAGUACCGCAGCUACAACAAUCUGAUGGUGAUCGUCUUCUCCACGGACAACGUCGUCACAGCUUCUGGCUUCACAGGCACAUACGGCAGCUUUGCGUCCAGCACCGGCUUGUAUGAAGAACUGACAGCUACCAAUGAAGAAAAGCAGUAUACAAUUGACAGAUUCCAAUUUGCGGGUAUCAAUGCCUUCCUGGGACAGAAGGACUAUGUCAUUGUAAUUUCGGCCCAAGACAAAUAUCAGCGUGGUCAGCUUAUCACUGUUGAGGUGGACGCCUUGAGUCUGAACCAAGGUGACUCUGUGAUGAUUUUUGAUGGGGACUCUGCAUCAGACAAGCUCCUUGGCACGCUCUGUAAGGAGUGCAAAAACUACUAUACAUUCCACUCAACUGGCAAUGCCAUCUCCAUAUUCAUCCGCACAGGAGAAGAGCUCAGCACCACUACAAACUUCAUCAUCACAUACAAACAAGGCUGCACAUUCACUAGCAAUGGCAAGUGGGGUGAGCUGUUUACACCUGGGUACAACGGCAUGAUCAACUACCCGAACUUUCUGACCUGUGAGUGGAUUCUGAACGUGGACGAGCCUAUUGCCCUCUAUUUUGACUCUGACUUGCAACUCAGCGAUGAAGAUUCCAACCGCCGUAACAAUGCUGAUUUACUAGAGAUCUAUGACAACAAUGUACCGCUGCAUAGCGGCAUGGGUUUCAACACUACACAACUCCGCUCACAGACCAUUAUUGCCCCCACUGGAAAGGUGGUGCUCAGGUUCAAAUCCUCCUCAAUUCGCUCUGAGAGAGGAUUUAAGGCAACAUGGUCAAAAGGCUGUCCGGACCCGAUGUUUGACACAAACACACUGCUGAGUUCCCCGCAGGCAUUGACCUACUAUAAGGCCUCCAUGACACUCACCUGCAAGCCUGGAUACUCUUUCCAACAGCAGCAACUGCCAAACAAUCCGAGCUCUGUCACUCUAACUUGUGGCUAUGCUGGGUUGUGGGAGAACUACCUUCAAGUUCCCCGAUGCACACCCAACUACUGUGGUGAUGUGCCAAACAUCAACAAUGGCUACAUUGAGUCCUCAACUGGCUCCACCUUCGGCCAUACGGCAACGUAUCAGUGUUUCACGGGGUCAGCUAUCAGUGGAUCUAACACCAUUACAUGCCAGUCCAAUGGGCAGUGGAGUUCACCUCCUCAGUGUAUAGCUGCAUCAUGUCCAGCGAACACAAUCAACACCGCCAUUGUUGAUGGCACAGGAGAGAUAGUGGACGGUAAUGGGGUUGAGAUUGGCACAAUUUACCGAUACCGAUGUGAUGAUGGCUAUGAACUCGUCGGCAUUCCCACAGUGCACUGCAACACUCAAGGACAGUGGAGCAACGCCAAACCAACUUGCACACUGCUCAAGUGCCAACUGCCCGAGAUUCCGAAUGGUCAGUACAGCAAUAGAAGCCCUAAUGAUCUUGUUGAUUACAUGACGAACGUGAAUGUUUUGUGUAACAACGGCUACACUCUGGAGAACCCUGCCGUGAACUUUGUCCGCUGUGAGGCUAACAGAACUGUCUCAACUAUGCCCAACUGUACAAACGAGAAUGAGUGUACCAGUAGUUCUCCAUGUAUUAACGGCAUCUGUCAUGACACCGUGGGUUCAUUCUACUGUACCUGCUCACCAGGCUAUCGACUGGAAAGUAAUCAGAGAACUUGCACAGAUAUAAAUGAAUGUACUGAUGACAUUGACAUGUGUGAUGGCGGCUGCAUUAACCAAAAUCCUGGGUACCAGUGCACUUGCAAUCUGCCGUAUGUACUGUACACAGCAGAUGGCACAUCAGGGCUUAACAUACCGACUGUGGAGACAGGAGCCUUGUCCACGGACACAUACCACAUCAACCACUCCUGUGUCUUGAUGUCAUGCCCAAAGCCAAAAUCCACUAUACUGCAUGGCCAUCUGUUGACACAGCGUGAGAACCAUCUCUAUGGUGACUGGAUAGAAUACCAAUGUGAUAUUGGCUUCCACCCUCGCAGAAGUCUCAUUCAGUGUCAGCAGAAUGGAUGGAGCUCCACCCCGCCAGAAUGCACGAGCCGUACAUGUAGAACCCCGAGCCUGAUAGGGCUGGAAAAUCCACCUACACUCAAUGGAACAAACAACUAUGGUGAUCGCCUCACUCUGAGUUGCACCCAGGCUGGUGGCGCUAUCAACUUUGACCAGUACAAGUUCUGCACCUAUAACAAAGUUACUGACGAGUAUGAGUAUGCAGGAUCUCCAUAUGAAUGUGGGGAGGUGGAUUGUGGCAACCCCCAAGUGUACCCCGGAACAAACUACAAUGUGCUGACGGGUAUUACGAAGUUCGGUGAUUCGUUCCAAUUCACUUGCUCCCCAGGCAAUAGUAGGAGUGGGCUAAGUCAGACUGAGCAGGACACAACCGUUCGUUGCCUCCAGCUGGGUUACUGGGACUUUGGAAGUCUUGCUUGCUUUGGCCAGUCAUGUGCUGACCCCGGCUUGCCUUUAGGAGGAAACAUUGUAGCCAAUGAGGGCAGUUUUGGUGACCAGACAACUGUCACGUAUGUGUGUGACCGACAAGGCUAUGUUAUCAGUGGAGCACCACAGAAUAUCACAUGCCAGGGAACAACCUGGAGCAGCUCUAAUGCUCCCGUCUGUGUCGAUAACACAGACCCUGUUUUUCCUGACUGCCCUGCACAGGCCAUAGUUGUACGGCGAAAUGAACUUCUCUCUACGUACCUGCCAACUCUCAACCCAACCGACAAUACAGCCAUUAAAUCCUUCACAUGGACACCUGUUAACGCCUACACCACCUACGUUGUAGCUAACGACCUCAAUGUAGUAUUCCGUGCUGAGGACUUUAACAGCAACACCGCAACCUGCACCAUCCAAAUCAUCAUUCGAGAUGAGACACCCCCUACUAUCACUUGCCCAAUCCUGCAAAUAAUAACACUAGCAACACCUGCUAGCACACAAACAUAUCAGUUGACAAGGAAUCUAUUUUUGAUAUCUGAUGACAAAGAUACAAGUCCUUCUUUCAACAUCAUACCGUCUAAUAUCCAAGAUACUUUCACUGCUGCUGAUCUGUACAAGACCUUCACAUACACCGCCCAGGCAUCGGACAGUAGCGGAAACCGUGCGACAUGUCGAGGCCAGAUAUUUGUCACAGCUGAAGUAUGCAGUGAACUCAGCUUCCCAGAUCCUCUUUCCUCUUCGAAGACCUGCACAUUUGACCAGGGGACAAACACGCGCUCAUGCACCGUGACCUGUGACCCUGGCUAUGUUCUGUACACAAGCACUGCAGGGUACCCAACUGCUCAACGUACAACAACCACAUUCACAUGUAACAAGAACGUUGUGUCACCAGACUGGACCCCAGCUCGUAUUUCAGCAUGUAUCAAAGAUGAAAAAGUGCCCAUUUUGACCUGCCCAAACAGUAUCGAGGUGAUCCUCGGUGGUUCGGACACGAGGACCUUGGUCAGCAGUAACUUCCAGCCCACAGUGUUAGAUGCCAGUUUAACAACAUUGAGUUACAACCCAGAAUCCCUGGCACUUAGCACUGGGGACAGGUACCAACCAAGAACAGUAACAAUAACAGCGACUGACUCCGCAUCACUCCAAUCACAGUGCCAAUUCCAGGCUGUUGUUAAACCACCACCAUGCCAUCCAGAUUCCUACCCUGAUCCUAGCCAGGGACAAAAGAAUUGUGUGCCGGUCAGCAUCAAUGACGCUGUAACUGGCUACAGCUGUACAGUGACCUGCAAUGCAGGAUAUCUGAUCCGUAACCAAGGUGUCACCAAGACUGUCACAUGCAGCAACGGGUUUGCCUGGGCAGAGGAAAAUGUUAUUACUGCCUGUAUUAGAGAUUCGACACCGCCUGAUCUGCAAUGCCCCAACUCACUCACCCUGACACUUGGGAACAUUGAUGAUGUGCUUAACGAGAACUUUGUCAGCAACGCGCAGUACAACCCCAUCAGGAACCAGGAUAUUGGAAUGCCAUCUGGCACCCCUCCGACCCUCAACUACUCCCCACAGUCACGCACAUUUACAUCCACUAGUGUGAAUGCUAGUCCAUUUAGGGUCACCGUUCAGUCAGUGGACUUGGCGGGAAAUGCUGCUACCUGUUCUUUCUUUGUGUCUGUUGUUUCUGCUGAUUGCUCUUACUUCAAAUUGCCAAACAUAAACAACGGUGUGAAGACUUGCACCCGAGUGGUAAACCAAUCUGGUCCUGAUGGAUACAGCUGCACGUUGCAAUGUAACUUGGGGUAUACGUUUCCCAUCACCGGAGUCAAUCAGAUCACAGCAACCUGCAACGAUGGGGGAUCGUUCACAUCCAAUCACGAAAUAACAAACUGUGUCAGCCAAACGGCAGGCAUCGAGGAGCAGGUUUUCACCGGAAUUCUACGCUACACUUAUGAAGCCACUGAUGGGUAUACCGAUAUCCCUACAGGUUGCCUCAGUUACUAUGAGGAAGUGUACAAAAGUCGUACAAGUGACUUCAUUGCCCAGCAAACCCAGCUUCAAAAUAUAUGUAAGGCUGCUCACACGUUUGACAACACAUUUAGUUUCAAAUUCCAGCCAAGCUCAACAGUAGGGGAGCUUCUCACCACAAGUGGCGGAUCUAACCGAAACAGAGUUCAAUUGACCUAUACAUACAACAUGACAGCAACCCUAGCUGACAGUUAUGUAAAGUGUGAAAAUACCAUUGAAAGCAAUAUCAACAAUGGAAACUAUGCACUUGAAGCUGGAAUUGCCACAGUAACGACAUACAAUGGUGUGGUUUGUCCCCCUAUAGCACAUGUUGAUAAUGUCAUCCUGGUCAACGGGAGAUCUGCUUGUCCUGCAAACUUCUUCAAGACAGUGACUUCAUGUGCGCCUUGUCCUGCCGGAACUGUGCGGCCACUGACGGCUACUGAUGACCGGUGUUUAGCAUGCCCAGUUGGCCAGUAUAGGGACCUCUCAAGUGCUGUAUGUACCUCCUGCCCGAAUGACCAAAUAACAUACUUGGCAGGUUCUAGGUCCAUCUCAGACUGUGUUGCUCCAUGUACUGGUGGGACCAUCUCCGCAACAGGUUAUGCGCCUUGUUUUGCAUGUGCGAAAGGUUACUAUAGAACUUCAUCCACCACUUGCACCGCCUGUGGCUCGGGAACAUCAACACAAGGAACUGGAUCUACCUCCAGCGCUGCGUGCAGCACAAGCUACGCAUACGCUCUCACUGAGAAAUGUCCACUUGGAACCUCUAGGAGUGACGCAACUGGAACCUGUGAACUCUGCGAUUAUGGCACAUAUGGAGUGUACAACACCGCGCAGUUUGAAAAUAGGUGCACCUCCUGUGGAAACCUCAGGAGCACAUUUGUACGAGGGGCAACUGCCGUAAGCAUGUGUUUUGACAAGUGUCCAGAUGGCUAUGAGUCUAAGUCGCCAAAUGGCCUUUCCCCAUGUUUUGCCUGUGGUAUUGGAAAGUACUUCAACACAAACACGCGGGCAUGUGUGGACUGCGCUGUGGGCUCCACAACAUCAAAGGUGGCUUCCAUUGGCCCUGGAGCGUGUAUUACCAUCACCGCCAUCAGAGAAAGAUGUUCCCGAGGCACUUACCGAGAUACUGGGACUGGGAACUGUAUUGCAUGUGCAAUUGGGUCGUACAGCACCGUAGAGGACUCGAGCUCCUGUAGCCAAUGCAGUGCAGGGUUCUCGACAUACAUGGUCGGGGCCUACAACAGUGAUAUGUGCCAGAGAAAGUGUGAACCAGGCUUCUACUCUACAACGGGACUGUCCCCUUGCUCCCCGUGUGGCGCAGACAAGUACUCCACUGCAUAUGGAAGCACCUCAUGUCUUGAUUGUAAUGCUUCCCAGACCACCCUUACCAACACAGCAUCAGACUGCAUCAACAAGUGUGUGGCUGGUCAGUUCUCGUACGCUGGUCAUGUUGGUGUGACGGGCAAUGCAUGCCGUUCAUGCCCGAUCAACUUCUUCCAGCCCAAUGUUGGCUCCACCAGUUGCCAGCAAUGUGAUCCAAACACUCGGUAUUCCAAUAAUGGGGGGCUUACAAGCUCCAGCCAGUGCCUUGAUGCAGCCACACUGUGUCAGGGCAAAUGUCAGAACUCAGGGGUGUGCAACAUUGAAAACAACAGCUUUAAGUGUGCCUGUGAGCCUGGAUAUGAGGGAGACAGGUGUCAGACUAUUACGAACACGUGUGCUUCAUCUCCUUGUUACAAUGGAGGUCAAUGUACUAUUGCUGUGGGCUCAACCCUUGGUUACACAUGUAACUGCCCUACCCUGGCUUCUGGUGCUGCACUUGCUACUGGGGAGCGAUGUGAAACACUGGUGAAACAGUGCAAGACUGACCCAAACGACCCCACCUGUUUGAAUGCAGGGGACUGCAUAAACCGAUACACAUCCCCGGGAUAUCAGUGCUUGUGUAGGGAUGGGUACGACGGCGACAGAAAUGGCGAGUACAACAGAUGUAGAAACAAAGCCGAUGUGUGUAACCCAAACCCGUGUACUGCUGUUAACACUGUCCAGUGUUUGGAUGUAAGCAAUGGGGAAAACCUGCGUUACUACUGUCAAUGUAAACCUGGAUUUGAGGGUACCAAAUGUGAAAUCAACACAAAUGAAUGUGACUCCAAUCCCUGUGUGAAUGGCGGCACCUGCGUUGACCAAAUCAACUCAUUUAGAUGUAACUGCCCAAAUUACUUCGAGGGAACCUUUUGUGAGACAUAUGUUAACCCAUGUCAAACAAAAAGCUGUGGAGCGAACACCCAGGCCAAAUGUAUAGACAUAUAUAGUGACUGUCAGCCACUGUGUGUCUGCAGUCCAGGAUAUGCAUAUGGCCUGUAUGUUGAGUAUGACAUAAAAACAAACAUGGCUCCUAAUGACCGGGACUCCUUCAAUCCCAUCACUGUUAAUGAUGUCCAUGAAUGUCGGGAGGCGUGCACUGCUGCCAACGCAAACUGUGUCAGUUUCACAUACAGCACUGCCACCAAAAAUUGCUACCUGUGGCAACCUAGCAAUGUGGGAACCUUGGAGAAUGUGAAUGGUUUGAACACAUACAUGAAGCACUCAGAGUACAAAGAAGAUGACUUUUGGACAAUGAAGUAUGACCUUAAUACACCAGUCAGUUCGUCAUUAUCGGAUUCAGAGAGAUUGAAUAAUCUCAAUGAUCUUGGCCUAAACAUCUGUGGAGGGACUGCCCCCAUCGAGGUAAGGUGCUGCCCAGUUGAUGAAGACUGCCUUGACAACAGCCAACUGCCACCCUUCAUAUGUUUCCCAAUCAGUUCAGGCAAUCCUGGUGUACAAACCACAAACAAUCCUGUUGAUUACUCAGUCCAGUUCAGAUGUGCUGCUAGCAGGGUUUUCCUGGACAACACUUGUGUCCAGAAGAACGACUACUGCCUGUCCACACCUUGUGUAAAUGGAGCGCAGUGCAGCAAUGUGUUCGGUGGAUACUUUUGUUCGUGUAGAUCUGGUUACACAGGCAAGAACUGCCAGACAGACAUUGACAACUGCGCAGAUGAGCCGUGCCAAAAUGGCGGCACAUGUACAGAUCUCGUUAAUAACUAUCAGUGCACAUGUGCAGAAGGAUACUUGGGUCCAAAUUGUAACAGUCUGAAGAAUUAUUGUUCUGAUCCGAGCCCAGUGAACUGUAAUAAUGGCCAGUGUCGGUCUAUUGAAGCCACUGGCUAUGUUUGUGAAUGCUUCAUGGGUUAUACUGGGGCCUCAUGCCAGAACCAGAUUGACUUCUGUUCAAGUACCCCAUGUAUUCAUGGUAGCACAUGCAGGCCCCAGCUGAAUGGUUACACGUGUGACUGUAAGCCAGGAUGGGAGGGCCAGAAUUGUGAAACAAUGACCUUGGCGUGUAGCAACCCAGUCAGUGGCGGUCAGUGUCGUGAGACGUGUAAUGACAUCUUCACUGACUACAUCUGCAAGUGUCCCGCGAACACAUAUGGCAGGAACUGUGAAAACAUGCCGACUCCUUGUGCCACGUACAACAAAUGUCAGAACAAUGCUGUCUGUAGCUACAGUUCUCCAACCAUGACCUGCAACUGCCCAACAAGGUGGACAGGCGAUGGUUGCCAUGUUCUACGAGACUUGUGUGGCUCAGACAAUCCUUGUAAGAAUGAAGGGGAAUGUUCAGUCACUCAGAACGGUUACAGCUGUAACUGUAAACCUGGCUACACAGGUCAAGACUGCAGCACUGAGAUUAAUGAAUGUUUAGGCAAAACAUGCCCUGGUGGGGGUCAGUGUUUCGAUGCCAUUGGCAAAUACUACUGUCGCUGUCCCCUUAAGAAGACCGGAACCAACUGUGGAAGAGAUUUUGACCCGAAUUAUGACUUAUACUUCAACCACCCGCUGGGGAAAGGGUUUGCAUGGAUCCCAUACUUUGUACAGGUUCCUGACGUUAAUGCCAUGUCCAUCACGGCUUGGGUUCGCUAUGCUAGGGAUGGAGGAACUGGGAUCUUUCUAACAAUGUUUAUCGGAGACCGUCUGAAUGCUGCUACCAAGGUUCUAGAAUUCUACGAGAAUGGUGUCAAGGUUUACGUGGACAAUGGCCCAGUGAUGCUCACAUAUGAACGAAAUGUACACUUGAAUGACGGAAACUGGCACUUUGUCACACUGAACUUGAACAUGACAACUGGAACCAUGGUUCUCCUGUUGGACACAAUCAAACACAAAACUGUCACCAACUCUGGAUUUAGUUUAACAGAUCUAAAGGUCAACAAUGGAUUUAGAAUGUGGGUGGCCCUGGGAUGUGAGUUUGACAAUGAGCAGAGCAUGUGCUCCGGAUCUAACAGUUUCCAUGGCUACCUGAGCCAGAUCAACAUGUACCGUCGAGAACUCACAUUUGUUAACCCAGAGCCAAACAAGCCCGGAGAGAUUUCAUACAACUUUGCCGUCCCGCGCUUCAUCUUUGAGGACAAUCAACAGCUGAGUAACGUGGUCCUUGUUUGGAAUGAAUAUGAGUUAGAAAGCGGGGUGAUGAGGAUCGUACCAUCACAAGCUCAGUCUGAUAAAUGUGGAAAGCUUGGAAGAAAUCCUCCAUGCAGCUUCUUUGCAGGCCAGUCUCGUCCUGCUGUUGAAGACUGUCCCGCUGAUUUCUCUGUGUACUCAGUCGAGCGUAUAAUCACGGUAUCAUGGGGUGCACCAAGAUUCUUGGGCAAUUCUAUUGUCUCUUCUCCCAGUCAGUUACCAGGGGCAGCAUACACAUGGGGAGCUUAUCCAGUCACCUAUGUAGCCACAGACGCUGCUGGAAACAAGGCCUUCUGUAGUUUCAAAUUCUAUGUUACAUCCAACCAGUGCGAUGCUCCGCCAAACCCGGUCGGAGGUUACCAGACUAAUUCCACAGAGAUGAAUCGAUCAGGAAGGACAAUUCACUGCUACAAUAGCAAUAGCAACACCAACCCACAGAAGUUCUAUUACAUUGAUCGCGAGCAUCCAGAUCUGUUUACGUGUGGCCCGUCUGGGAGCUGGAACAUUGAAAAGCCAUUCAAUCAUUAUAGAUACCCCUCAUGUGGGGAGAUUCGAGCGAAACCUCGAAAGAAUAUUGUCCUUCGAAUCUACUACAAGCCUACAACAGUGGCAUGUAAUGCCAUUGAAGACAACCUUAAAGUCCUCAUCAAACAGACAUUUACCACCCUUCAAAAUAUCUUUGUUGGGGAGGACCUUUGCCGGGUGGCAAACUGUGACGAUAUUCAGAUUAAUAUUACCUGUGUGGAGCGUUCACGCAGAAAGAGGCAGACAACACUUUCGGAAUUACAAGCCACUGUAAAUCUGUUGAAUGCCCCUGCCACGACCAUGCUGGAUGGUGAAACAGUGACAAUAGAAGAUUUCAUUAUAUUGUUCAGUCUUUCAAACAACACCUUCGACUACUCUGAAGAGAUUCCUAAUGCUGAAAUAGACAUGCUCAACUUCAACAUUGAUGGAACAUUUGUCUGCCCAGUGCUGGAGGUUUUAAGAGAUGGCGAUUGCGUGGAGUGUGGUCCGGGAAACUACUACCGGGUACUGGACAAUGGUGAGGCUAUCUGUGAGGACUGCGCACUUGGAUACUACCAGGACAGCUCCAGACAGAGUGUUUGCAAGCCCUGUCCUAGUGGGCAGACCACAGAAAUGACCGGAGAAUUUGAUCCCAACAUGUGUAAAGAUAGCUGCUCUCCUGGCUAUUACUUUGAUAAUGAUGUGAACCGAUGUGUGGCCUGUGGUAUUGGUUACUAUCAGAACGAAGCGGGCCAGUUCUACUGCAAACACUGUGGAGCAAGUUUCACAACUGAGAACGAGGCAUCCACGUCAAUCACACAGUGCUCAAGCCAAUGCCAGAGCGGUGAGCAGUUAAGCGGACCAAACAACUGCACCAAAUGUCCUAUCGGUACCUACAGAAAUUCUAGUGAAUCUCGUGUAUGUGUACCAUGCCCUACAGGUUUUGUCACCGCCACAAUUGGAGCCCCUUCGGCAGACUACUGCACAAUAAGAGCUUGUGAGGCCGGUAAUUACCGCAUGCAGGACAACACAUGCUCGCCCUGCCCCUUGAACACUUACCAGCCUGAUCGCCUCCAGGACUCCUGUAUCCCAUGUGGAUCUCCCAGUAUGUACCACACUGAAAGCACGGGUUCAACCAGCAAGGACCAGUGUCUCUUUUACUGUCCGUCAGGCCAGGAGGUGGAUGGAACAGAACAAUGUAAGCUGUGUGAACGAGACCAUUACAAGGACAACAAUGAGAACAUACAGGGCUCCUGCACCCCGUGUCAGGGGAACCGACGAACCAACAGGACUGGUGCUGAAUCAGCCAAUGAAUGCACAAUCUACAAAUGCCUGGUGGGCCAGUAUCCAAAUAGCUUGAACACAGGCUGCUUGCCUUGUGAACUGGGCUCCUACCAGGACGUGCCUGAGAGCACUGGGUGCAAGCAGUGCCCCCAGUCCCCUUUCCCACAGAGUACUCGUGACACUGGUGCCGAUGGGGUUGAAGACUGCGAAGUGUACUGUAAUUCUGGCUAUGAACGCCUCAAUGCGGCUUGUGUUCCGUGUGGGCUGGGCAAGUACAAGGACAAUGGAGCCGGUCUGUUCUCCAUGUGUACAGAUUGUGAUCCCCUUUACACCACUGCUGGGGAGGCCUCCACAAGCAGCAGUAGCUGUAGCAUAAGGACUUGCCAAGUCGGGACUUACCGGAAUGCAGAUGACACAGGAUGUAUUGACUGUCCCAUUGGCCAGUACCAGCCAAACGAGUACCAGACGCAGUGUUUGAAUUGUCCAACAGGAACUAGCACAAUGAACACGCGCUCAAACUCUUCCAAUGAUUGCUUAAUGUACUGCCCAUCUGGCCAGCAAAUGACUUCAAACGGUUGCCAGAGCUGUCCCCGUGGUUACUACCGGGACGAGAAUGAUGGACUGUUCCUCCCUUGCAAGAUGUGCGAUAUAGAGUUCAUUACACCUGGAGUUGGCGCAAUAUCUGAAAAUCAAUGUAUUGUUGGUAACUGCAGUGCUGGUUUCAAACUAAAGACAGAUAACACUUGUGAGAUCUGUCCUAAGGGAAGUUACUCUGCAAACAAGUGGCUCACAACCUGCACACUAUGCGGCCAGCACCUGACCACAGAGAAUGCGGGCGCUGUUAGUCCUGACCUCUGUAUAUUGGAGUGUGAACCUGGCUACGAGGAUGUCGGGAGUACAUGUGUUAAGUGUUCGAGGGGAUUUUACAAGGAGGAGAAGGCCGCUGCUGCCUGCAAACCCUGUGACGGGAACUUUACCACCGAGACUACUGGUGCAAUCUCGUCUGCCGCCUGUACUAUACCUGCAUGUUCAAAAGGUUACUACCUGGACCGUUCUGGCGGACUCAUAUGUCGCCCAUGCCCCUAUGACACAUACCAGGACCAGGUAUGGCAGGAGCAGUGUAAACCCUGCAACCCCAACCUCGUCACCCUUACCAUGGCCGCUACACAAUCAACACAGUGUGUCUCUGACUGUGUGUCUGGCCAAGAGUACAACUCCUUGACCGGGCGAUGUGACCUGUGUCCAGUCGGCUACUAUAGGAACCGCGAUGUCCGCUCACAAACAAAAUGUCAGCUGUGUAACCUCAACUACAUUACCGAUGGUGAAGGCGCUACAAGUGAUGCUCGUUGUACAAUAGCAAACUGCAGCACGGCAGGUACCUACCGAGACACAGCAAGCAACACGUGCCGCUCAUGUCCUGUUGGGACAUAUAAUGCACAAAAGUGGCAAAUCGCAUGCACCCCAUGUCCCAGCGGCGAGUCCACUGCCUCAACUGGGUCCACCUCACAGGCCAGCUGCAAACGUGUGUGUCCUCUUGGUCAGUUUGUGAACAACAACAACCAGUGUCAGCAGUGUCCAAUUGGCUACUAUCGGGAUACAGCAACAUCUGACACAUGUACUAAGUGUCAGAACGGGCUCCUUACAGCCAACCAGGGUGCGACAUCACCGGAUGCCUGCACUCUCAGUCCAUGCGUUGCGGGUGAGCGUUAUAUCUUGGCUGAAGAGCAAUGUAAGAAAUGUGACAUUGGCACCUACCAGCAAUUCAGCGGUCGUUUUGCCUGCAUUGACUGCCCCUUCACCAUCAAAUACACACCUACAAUUGGCUCCACAUCCGUGGACAACUGCAGAAGUCCGUGUACGGUUGGUCAACAGUUUGACGAGAACCGGGCCCUGUGUGUGCCAUGCCCAAGUGGAACCUUCCAGCAAAACCCAUUCGAGUUCUCAUGCACUCUGUGCCCCACCGACCAACCAUACUCCAUUGUCGGGGCGACCAGCAGUGCCCAGUGCCAGAGAAGUCCAUGCGAGGCUGGCCAGGAGUACAGGAAUGGGGUGUGUUCGGACUGCCAGCGGGGCUACUACCAGCCCAAUGCAUUUGAGCUCACAUGCUUGCAGUGUCCCGAGAACCGACCUAGCUCACCCCCUGGGGCCACCAGCCAAAGCCAAUGCCAGAACUACUGUGAUGCUGCUACAGACUGCUCUACAAAUGCCACUUGCACUGUAGACAACAGCAAUAGCCGUGGAUAUCGGUGCGCAUGCUUCCCUAACUACGAUGAUAUUAGUGUUGGUACUGCUGGAAACACCUGUAUACACAAGUGUGACCGUGGUUACUGUAAGAAUGGAGCCACAUGCCAACGUGAGACCAUUGUCUCGUGCUCAUGUACUGACUUCUACGAAGGAAACACAUGUGCUCAAAGGAUAAAUGCAGAGGAUCGUUCUGACAACACGAUGGACAUUGUAAUACCAGUUUCGAUCGCUGCGGGAGGUCUUAUCCUGCUCCUUAUUCUCCUUGCUGUCUUCUGCCUCUGCUGGAGAGCAUCUCAAAGGGCAGGCAAGCAGUCUCGGAACUACAGCGAGUUUAAUGGUGAGAGAAUUGAAAAAGCCAGUCUACACUCGUAUGGUUACGGACCCUACAAUGCUGGCCCCCCACAGAGGCUCAUGAUGGCGCCAUAUGGGGAAAUGGUGUAUGAUAACAGUGCUUACAGGCCAGAUUUGGACCAAAAUAUAGAGUCGGCAGUUUAUCAGGCUUAAGUGAGGGAAACCAUGUGACAAACCAUGUGACAAACCACUGCUGAUUAACGAACAAUUCCUUGAAAGUUUCAUAUGAUCAAGUCUUGCCUAGUAGAUAGAAAACUGGUAGACAUUUACAUCCAUGACAUGACUGCUGACAAUGCUUAAACAAGCAGUGGUGUGGUACACAUGUGUCAAUUAGGAUUUUCUAAUCAUACCUGUAUAUUGUAUAUUCUCUUUAUGACAAAAUACUCAAAAUAAUGCAUUUAUUUUAUUAUAUCAUUAAAUACUCAUACGACCGAUUUUGUGAAUAUAUGAUUAAUACACAUUUACACGUAUAUAAGUGACAUUUACAUGAAUAUAUUUAUCACUCACUGAUACAUACUUUGAGUGGCUUGAAAGCAUAAUAUUGUUUUGAAUAACAUAAAAACAAACAAUGCUCUGAUCACGUCCAGGUGCUAUGUACUCUUGUUGUUGUUUUUUAUAAACUCUAAGGAGUUGCAUAAUCAGCUUCAUGUCUGGAAUGAAUUAUUUCAACAGAGCAAAAAAUGCAGAGCAUUAUUUAGCCUAUAGAACGUUUCAUGUAUGUCUGCAUGACUAUUAUUCAUUACCAUAUCGACACAAUACAUUCCAAAGCACUUCAGCGUGCCAAAUUAUGAAAGAUUAAAUCAAAUGUAAAAUAGCUUAUAUGUAAAAGCCAGUUUUCAUGAUCUUUUAAACCAUUCUUUAGCUAGAAAUCCAUGAGUAGAAAAGUGCUUUUUAGUUGUAGAACUUAUGCAUGUUAUGCCAUAAAGAUCAAUAAUUGAUAGUUCCAUAAGCUUUAUGGUAUAUUUUAUUACUUUUAAUCCUCCUGAUAAAGUAUUUGAUACAGAAGUCGUGUUGAAAUAUAAUCUCUUUACAGUUUAACAAUUUUUAUUUUUAUUUUUUACAAUUUGAAAUAAUUUAGAAACAUUGCAUGAUAUUCAGUUUAAUUUGUUGCCAAGAUUUGGAAGAGGUUUAUAUUUUAGAACAUUUUCUUUUUUAUACAGAAUGUGUGAUUGGUUGUUAAUAUGUAAAUAUUCAAAGAAUUUAUAUUUGCAAUAUAUUUGAUAUACAAUAAAUACAUAAAGAUC